UUGGCUGCCUGAGAUAAUCGGUCAACAAGAGAACGGGAGGCAGAGGGCAACAUGUUUCCAGCUACUUACUGUCAUAAUUAGUCUGUUUUAAACCAUUCAUUCGCAUCAUUUCAUUUGUGUAUGUGCGUGUCUGAUCCACGGAGCUCAUUUUGGGACCGUCGAUAAUGUUUCAGUGUGGUGCAGCUCGGCGGUGUGCAGCGGCUCUGGAUCAGGCUUACAAGUCACCGGGCUCAUUUCUACUGCAAGUCAAAGCAAACACACUGACGGACGUCACUCUGACAUUACGCAAGAGCAGCCACACGUUGCAGGGAUACCGGUCUCUCAGUGUUGGUUCAACGCUUGCACACCUGAGGAAGCAACGACCGGGGCCCGUGCAGACCUGGAACCCGGACUGGAGGAACUUGGACCGAGCGGCGAAUCUCUCCAGAAGUGUACAAAGUGAAGGCGUUCAUUCAGAUGUCUCCAGGCUGCCGAUCGUUCAUGCAAUCAGGCGCCAUAGCAGCAGCAGUAGAGGGGGGCAGCUGGGGAGCGUUUUGUUUACAGGUAACUGGGGGGUCUCCACUUUCAGUCCACGCUGCUCCACCGGGAACAUGACGCAGAGCAGAGCUUCAUCCACGGACGCAAAGAAGCGGGACGCCGCCGCAGAGGGACAGACGGCUGACAGCAACAACAAAGGGGAUGAGCAGAAUUUAAAGGAGGCCUCUACCACCACCUCCUCAUCUACUGUGAAGCACCCAGGGGAGCCUGAGCCAGAGGGAGGCAAGCUCAACAAGACCCAACAGCUAAAAAAAGUCUUUAAGGAGUAUGGUGCUGUGGGAGUUUCCUUUCACAUUGGGAUCUCCCUCAUGUCCCUGGGAAUGUUCUACCUCCUUGUGUCAAGUGGGAUCGAUAUGGCGGGACUGCUGUGCAAACUGGGCUUCAACGAGACUGUCGUUCAGUCUAAAAUGGCAGCAGGGACCAGCACCUUCGUUUUAGCGUACGCCAUCCAUAAACUCUUUGCUCCCGUUCGCAUCAGUAUCACUCUAGUGUCAGUGCCUCUCAUUGUCCGCUAUUUUAGAAAGACUGGACUCUUUAAACCACCCACACCUGCACCCUGAUGACCCCCUCCGUACUCCUCUCCUGCCUCAUUAAGCAACAAACAUCCUGACUGUUAAUGAUUGUAAUUAAAAUGCUCUAAGAAUCCUUUAUUCAUUUUGAUUCAACUAGAAAUGUCUUCUACAGUUGUGAAUUCAGGUGAAAACAUUUCUGAUUUUGCUCCUACAUGAGUUCCAGUUGUAACAAUCAAGUGUGUUGAAUUGUGUUACUGUAGGAUAAAAAAGAAAGAAAGUGUGACAGCUCUCUAAACAUGUGUAUUUGGGGUUAUGUCUUGAUAUAUGUGCAUUCCAAAAACCUGAAUUAAAGGCUGAAAAGGCUGAAGUAAGUAUUGUAAAAUCAGGAAGUAUGAUCAGGGAUUUUAAGUUAGAGUCCUAAGCUUUUUUCAGUAAGCAGGUUCGUCUCAAUGCUGUGAAGGUUCCCCAUGGGGAAGAGUGGAAAAAGCUGAGCUCUCCACUGUUCCCUUUAAGCUGACUAGGCCAUGUCCUGGUGUUGUAUGAAUCAGCAGAAUAAUUCAGGUUCUCUGUCUCCUACCUCUCUCCUUUUCUCUUUACUUAACUCUUCUCUUUCACCCUCCUUUUUAUUUUCUUCUGUUUUGCUUCUCAGUCUCUCUCUUUCUCCCUUCUUGCUGUGCCGUUCCUCCUCUUUUCUGCAUUCUCUUUCCUCCUCCUUGUUGUCUAAUUUUCCAAAUGCCACUGCCCAAGCAAUGAUUGCUUGUACAUUAAUCUUUGAGUGAAGCUGAUUGUAGUUUAUUGCAAGCUUUGGAUGAAGAAUAUUGAUCGGAGGUUGUUUUGUGUUUUGUUUUUUCCCAAUUGAGUGAAAUUGUAUUUAACUAUUAAAAGGGACAUUCUCUUUUA